AUGGUCCGCCGUCCUCCGCUGGGCUCCCUCCCGGUCGAGCUCCAUCUCUUGAUAUGCGAGAGUAUCCUGGAAGACCAUAUUGACCCAAUGCCGGCAAGAUCACCAUGGCCCCCGACUCGACCAGGCUCCGCGCCAGAUCCGCCCAACAGCCCCCCUUUCAUCUGGGAUUGUGUGCUUCCCAACCACGCGGCAUUGAAGAACCUGGCUCUUGCCAACCCAUACUUUCACAGCAUUACGCGCUCACUUUGUUAUCGACGCGUCGUGGUAUCCAUCGCCAACCUCGACGUCGCCCUCCAGGUCAUUCUGCGUUUGGCGCCGCCGUCAGGCUACGGCGAGUUUGUCAGGGAGCUCACCAUCGACAGCCGCGGGAUUCGGGCCAGUCGCUCCCAGGCAGAACGUCUCUCGGCACUAGGUGGUCUAAUCCUCGAGUCAAAACGGCUGCGCCUCAGGCCCGGUCCUAACGAUCUCACCAAUCCGCUUCUGUUCAAGGGGGUUUUGAUCGACGUGAUUCUGAGUCAGGUACCACGCGUUCGGAAACUCUUCCUUUCCAUUUACUCCGGAAUUCCGCUACCGCCCGAGGCCCCGGCAGCCCCAGCAGCGGGGUCAGCACCUAUCGUCGAGGCUAGGCCAGUGGAGCUGUUGUACGGAACUCGGUUCCCGGAGGGAAUGAUCUUUAGGAACUUACGCGACCUAGAGACGCGGCCACCUUGGGCUUGGCCCGCCCGAUACGUCCGGUGUAACAGAGCGUCAAUCAGCGCUAUCUUGAGCCGUGCUCCAGCUCUCACCCGCCUGGUGAUUUGGCCCUUGGAGCCGGUACAGAACCCCAUUCAGAUGUGUCGUAUGCCUCAACUCACGGAGGUGGUGGUAAUGGACAACUACCCGGCUGACGUCGCCACCAUCGCCCGGAAUGCAGGAAAACUGGAGCACUUCACCAUCCGCGCAUUCGAAUAUUACCCGCCGGCGGCCCCGGUACAGGUUGUUAAUCCGUCCUAUCAACCCGCCUACUUUUCCUUCACCAACGCGCACAUCUUCCUGACGCCCAUCUUAUCGGCCCGCUCGACCAUGACGCAACUUUGCAUUCGCAUCGACCGACUAAACGCCGGCUCCAUCAGAGGCUGGGGAACGUUCCUGUCUCACUUCGUCGCCCUACGCCGCUUAUAUCUCCUGACUACGAUCUGGCCACUCGAUGCUCCAAACCACGAGCUCAUCGACAGGCUCCCUGCGUCCCUGGAGGUCUUGUACUUGGGGGAAGGUCAGGUGCCUCUGUAUCGCUUGGCGAUUGUUCUCAAUAGCCGGGCGACAGCGGGGCGAAUGCCGAACCUGAAAUGGUUUGUACGCAUCGUGCGGCGCAGCGAGGUCAGAGUCGCGAUUGACGCUCAGAUCCGUUCCGCGCUACAGGAGUCGGGUAUCAACUAUGGGGUAUUCAUUGCACCAAGCAUCUACGACGAGUGA